AUGGCGCCGCACGGCAUUCCGCUCAACACACUAAAGCAGUGUCUCGAGUUCCUGCAGUGGUUGCAUAAGGGAGGUGGGAAGCAUAGGCUUCAAGAAGUGUCCCAGACUUUAUAUGAUCGUAUUAAAACCCAUUUUGAUUCCAAAUUUGUUUCAGUGGAAAACGUUGAAAAGGGCUUGCGCCCAUUCCUCUCCGCCGUGUCAAAGUUUUAUGAGAGAUUGUGCUACAAAGCAGAGGCAGGCAAAUAUGUUACUAAAAGCGCAGAGGACAUAUCCAACGCCCUUCUCGACUGCCACCCUAAAUUCUUCGCCGCUAUGUACUUUCUGCAGUACUGUGUGAAUAACACUUUCGGGACGCUGGGCGGUGGUGGAUGGGAAAAGAAUUACCCAGGGUAUGAAAAUAAACCAUGGCUGGGCAGGAAUGAUUGGGGCGGUGACUUGCAAGAAUAUCUCAGAUCCAAAGACCCUAAGGACUACGGUGGUAUAAUUCCGGGAGGCUUCGGCUACGAAGAGGUGAGAUAUGGUCACACUGAUCUUAAUGGCUAUGCCCAGGGUACUAGAAUGUAUGUGGACCUUGAAAAGAUUGUGAGCAAAGUAGAAAAGUACAAUUUCUUCCGCAGCGUCUUUGUCAGCUCCGCCAUUGGAGAUUCAGCCAAUCGUAACGAGAGCACUGCGAACGCUGUCUCAUUGGUCAGAACCUUUUGCGAUAUUGUUCUAGGGGAGGAAGGUCAAGAAGGCGGAGAGUUAAUACAUGCAUUGAAUGACGGUUUACGGCAGCAAGUGAGUUCAACAGAGAAUUCCAUCUGUUGGAAAGACCUAAAAGAUCAUUGCGCUCAGCUUAGGAAGAAAUUUGAUACAUUUUUCGAACAGAAUAAACGCUUCGAUUCCAUCGGUCAGUCUACGGAUCUUAAAAACCUUCACAAAGAGGAGCUUGCUACCAGAGCAGCGCAUUGGAUGAGGACUCAUCUGACCAAAGUGCGGGGCAAUUUGAGUCAGAUUAGAACAGAUGAAGGUGUCUUGGGACUCCAACAAACGGAUCUUGGAGAAUACUUCACGAACAAUCUCUUCCCUUACGGAUUCAUAUUCAAAGACCGCUUUAUGGGCUCAACCAGGGAGGUAGACAGAUUAAAACAAGAUUGGCGCACUGUAAUCGAAGAGCUUAGGAGAGACCGUGACGGCGAUUUGGAUAAGCUUAAUGAUAUUUUGCAUGGUAAGAAUAGAGAAUCAUGUCCCGAAGACCCCAAGGAAGUAGUGCCGGAGAAGAAAGUUCCGGUCACGCCACCUAAAAAGCCUGAAGUGCCGCCUGCCACUGAGGAUACUGAAGCACAGAACCAAGGCAAGAAAGCUGAUGGUACUCCCAACCAGGGCAAGAAAAGUGAGGGAGCACAGAACCAAGGCAAGAAAGCGGAGGGAGCACAGAACCAGGGCAAGAAAUCUGAGGGAGCACAGAACCAAGGCAAGAAAUCUGAGGGAGCACAGAACCAGGGUAAGAAAAGUGAGGGAGCACAGAACCAGGGGAAGAAAAGUGAGGGAGCACAGAACCAAGGGAAAACAUCUCAUGGAACUCCAAACCAGGGUAGCGGUCAAGGUGGAGAUACGUCUUCAGGUCCAACAGUUCUAAAGGCUCCUGCUACAACUCAGCCUCCCGGUGAUACGAGAGCUGCAGACCAGCCGGAGCCUACAACAGAGAAAGGGACGCAAGGGGCUAAAGGUGAUACAGGCCGGCAAGAGCCCGCUGUUACCGUGGAUCUGGCGUCUUCUCAGGACACAAGUUCACCAGUUACUACGUCGGUUUUAACUCCAACUCAAGGCUCUGUAGUAUCGCCAAAGUUUUCCCCUCCACCGGCUGCUCCCCCCAGUGUACCUGCUCCCGCUGGUCAGCCGGGUGGCACGGUUCAGGGUUCACCGGCCGGUGUUACUCCAAGUUUACAACCUGUUGUCUCUCGAGUCACUGUGUCUACUCAGACUCCGAGUGUUUCAGGGUCGGGCACUGGGUCAACUGGUGGUCAGGGGACUGGUAGAUCGGGUGGUCAAAAUGUUGGUCAACCAACAGGUGCAGGCUCCGAUCACGGUUUAAGUAGCGUCCGUACUACGUCGGAUGGCACGGCGUCUGGUGGAGGUAGCGGUGGGAGUGGGUCAGGAGAUAAGGUUGUUCCUCAAUCCGUUCCAAAUGUUAGUAAAAAACAGUGCAAAUCAGAUGAAUAUUUAGUGAAAGAUUCCGGUGGCAAUGAAAUGUGUUUUCGAAAUCCUCAGAAUCCCGCCCCAACCAAAUCAUACGGCCCCAACCUUUCCCCCGAUUUUCUAAAGAAACUCAGAAAACAAGAAGCAGACGUCCUUAAAAAGGCGGAAGAGGAGGAGGAACGGAGACGUCAGCAAUAUUUACAGUAUUACUAUCCUAAAACAUUUCAUCAGAUCCCUACUGCUGUUGAGUCUUCAGCCACUAUGGGCCUUGAUGGCGUCGACGUCUCCAAUGAAUCUUUGUAUGAUCCCGGCCUAUGGUGGGAACAAAGGUAUAGAAAUGAUUGGAAUUAUCCGAAGCAAUUAGUAGAGUGGACUGCAAAAAAGGAGCAAGAGAAAUUCGAGAGAAAUCUUGAAGAAGCUAAGCAAAAUGUAUCGAAACAACUUAAGGACACCUGGAUACUUCAGGAAUUACGGGACGACGACCUUGGGCACGUCGUCGUACCUUACAUACAUACGUCGAUGCCACUUCCGUAUCCGGAGUAUCCGGACCCGUUAGCACCCAAAGCUUUGUCACUGUCAGGAUCAGUCAUUGAUUCGCCGCCUCCUGAGACAGAUGACCCAGUGCCUGGUCCUGGAACACUCGGAGGCUGCGUAAGUGUAGGGGCUUGA